CUACAGUAUCAAAGGACUUUCCCCACUGAAUUUCCAAUUCAUCACUGCAACAGCUGACAAACACUCCACCACAUCUUUAGGGGUUUGUCAUUACUAGUAGGCCGUAGCACGAUAAGACCCGCCGCCUCUCUUGCCACUUCAGGAAACUCCACCCUGCAGAGCACCAACGGUUUGACCCAGCACCCCUCAUGAACAGCUUCCCUUCCUUUACUGCACCUCCACCCACCACACCCACCAUCCAGUCAGUGUGUAAGCCCUGCCUUCGGGCCCCGUGGAGGAUGAACAAUGCCCCCACCAUGGACUAUGAAUUGCUUCUGUCUCCGGCCAGCUCCUCUCUCCCCGGGGGUCCUGGCAGCAGCGGUGGUCCCCCGCUGGCCUUGGGCGGGAUGGAUGCUGAGCAGCGUACUGCCUUGGCCUUUGUAGGUCUCCUCAUGCUCUUCCUGGUCUUCCUGCUGGUCAGGUGUUUCAGAAUCCUGCUGGACCCCUACAGCCGCAUGCCUGCAUCAUCCUGGACCGACCACAAGGAGGGGCUGGAGAGGGGCCAGUUUGAUUAUGCACUAGUAUAG